AUGACUUGGAUAUUCUUGGACGUUGCUGGGGAUGUAACUAUUUAUGUGGAUGGCCAAUCAUUCCUAUUGCACAAGGUAUACAUUCUUAAACUGGCUCUGCAGACAUAUCUUGAUAUUGUUUUUCAUAACUUCCUUUUCAAUUUUUGCAUAUUGUUGUCCAAGUUCCCUCUGGUUUCACGAAGUGGAAAAAUCUGGAAAAUGGUAGUUGAAUCCAGGGAGCCAAACCUUUCCAGAUUAGAGCUUCAUGAGGUACCUGGGGGAGCUGAAGCAUUUGAACUCGCCGCUAAGUUCUGUUACAGGACUAACUUCGAGAUCACGGCGAGUAAUGUUGCCCAACUUCGUUGCAUUGCCGAGUAUCUGGAAAUGACUGAACAAUAUCAAGAACGCAACCUAAUCGUCAGAGCAGAGGCGUUCUUAAACGAGGUUGUGUUUCAAAGCCUCGAAAAGUCCCUGGAAGUUUUAUCUUCAUCUAAUGGUUUGUCUCCCAUAGUCGACGAGGUCGGUAUAGUGAAUCGAUGCAUAGAUGCAAUCGCGAUCAACGCUAGCAAGGAGCAAUUGGUUUCUGGUUUAGCUCACUUAGAAUGUGAUAGCAGAUCAGGAAAAUUAAUGAUGCAUUGUCAGGACUGGUGGGUGGAAGACCUUUCUGUGCUAAAAAUUGAUCUUUAUCGACGAGUUAUCGCUGCAAUGAGGAGAGCUGGUGACUGCGUAUAUUCUUGA